AUGUCUGAUUUGCUGUCAAAGAUCUUGAAAUUGGUCGACUCCAACAAUGGCGUGAUUCAAAACACUUUGCAAGCGCCCGAGCUUUCGAGCAUAGACUCCAACACAUUGCAUUCGGCAUUAUCAUCGCUAUGGUCCAAGGAAAUGGUCAAUUUCUCCAAGAUCGAGCAGGAUCAAUGGGUAUUGACCAAAGAGGCCGAGCAGUACUUGGAGGCUGGCGCCACACCCGAAGUACAAGUUGCCGAUGAAGUGUUGAAGGCUUUGGGAGGGUUGACGAUUUCCCAGUUGAAGGACAAGUUGGGGCCCGUGGGGAUUGUGGGCCAGGGCAAAGCUUUCAAGAACAAAUGGUUGAGCAAAGAUGGAGACAAAUUAGUUGCCCAAGUGAAGGAGUUGCCGGCGGACACCGUGUUGGACGAGCUUAAACUCAUCAAGCAAAAUAAAACACUAGAGGAUAAAAAGGAAUUGGCCGAGUUGAAAAAGAGGAAAUUAAUCAACUUGACCAAGAUUGUCGGUUACAAGAUUGAAAAGGGACCGAAAUUUGCCUUGGAGAUUGUCAAUCUUGAAACCGACAUCACCUCCGACAUGAUCAUGAAUCAAUCGUGGAAAACAGCACAAUUCAAGCCAUACAACUUCAACUCUGAAGGUGUUUAUCCGCAAUCGGGAGCAUUGCAUCCAUUGAACAAAGUGCGCGAGGAAUUUAGACAGAUUUUCUUUUCAAUGGGCUUCACCGAAAUGCCAUCCAACCAGUACGUUGAAUCUGGAUUUUGGAAUUUCGACGCCUUGUUUGUGCCUCAACAACAUCCGGCAAGAGAUUUGCAGGAUACUUUCUACUUGAAAGAUCCAGUUAAGGCCAAGGAGCCCGAGGAUAAACAAUACUGGAACAAUGUCAAAGUGGUGCACCAAGAGGGCAAGUACGGCUCCAUCGGCUACAGGUACCCUUGGAGUGCCGACGAAUCGUUGAGAAUGGUUUUGAGGACCCAUACAACCGCGAUAUCGUCAGCGUUGCUUUUCCAAUUAGCCAAGGACCCCAAACCCACUCGAUUAUUCUCUAUUGAUCGAGUUUUUAGAAACGAAGCUGUCGACGCCACCCACUUGGCUGAAUUCCACCAAGUUGAAGGUGUCAUUGCCGGGUACGACAUCACCUUGGGUGACUUGAUUGGCUUUAUGGACGACUUUUUUGGCAAGAUGGGAGUUGACAAUUUAAGAUUCAAAGCGGCUUACAACCCAUACACCGAGCCUUCGUUGGAAAUCUUUGCCUACCACAAGGGAUUAAAGAAAUGGGUUGAGAUUGGAAACUCUGGUAUGUUUAGACCCGAGAUGUUGGAAACCAUGGGACUUCCUUCCAACUUGCGUGUUUUAGGAUGGGGGCUUUCAUUGGAGAGACCAACAAUGAUCAAGUACGGUGUUUCCAACAUCAGAGAGUUAUUGGGCCACAAGGUCUCCUUGGACUUUAUUGAAUCGAACCCAGCAGCCAGAUUGGAUGAGUUGUUGUAG